AUGGUGGAUCGACGGCGACACCUCAAGGCAUGGCCUCCCUCAAAGACCCAGCGACGGCGCAGCGGCGGCGAUAGUGGGCUCCUCGCCGGCGCCGUUCCUCCUUUCUUCCCUCUUCUUCUUCCUGUUCUGCUUCUUUCUUCCAUAUUCUGGGUGUGUUGCGUCAAAAGAGAGAGUGAAAGGGAACAGGGUAGGGUGCAGCUGCUGGGGAAGAGAGAGAGAAGACUCGCGAGGGAGUCACCACGGGAAGGGGUUCGCCGCCGCGUCCCGUUGCCUGCGCCGCCGCCAUCCACCCUCCCUGCUGCCAGUCUCCGUUCGCGAAGAAUAGAGGGAGUUCGCGUUGCCGUCAGGUCCGCCAUUAGAUCCCCUGUUCCUCGCCGUUUCUGUCACCGCCGUCAGUGCCCUGCUGUCGCCGCCGCUGCUGCUGGGAGCUGCACCGCCGUGACCGAACUUCUGCCGCUGAGAACCGCCACUGCUGCCGCCGGGAACGCCACUGCCGUUUCAGUAUCUUCGCCGGAGAUCUGA